CAGAAAUGUGGUUCCUCACUCCUAUAUAAAUUUGGUGUUACUUUCCCUGUUGCACAUGCCUGCAAGGACUCCUGCUCAACACAAUGUUUAUCAAGAUUUUUUGUUCUUUUUCUGAAUCAUCACAUUCUCAACCAGCCCUGUUCUUGGGCGUUUUGGCUAUUUCCAUUUUCAUAUUGCAGUCAACAUCCUUGAGGAGAAGUCUAUGUCCUUCUCUGCACCAUUCUUCUCAGGAUCAAGUCUUACAAGUGAAAAGAGUGCCCUUCUGAGAAGCCUUGUGGUUUUGACCACCUUUGUGGCUUUAUGCAACGCCCAGUGCUAUGUCAUCCCUAGAGAGAACACUCCAGGUAAUCUAUCUAAUGAGUGUCGGGAUCUUAAUGGAGUCACACACCCUCUGAACUCACGGUGGAAGACUAAGAACUGCCAGGAGUGUGAGUGUGGCCAAGAUGGAAUUGCCUGCUGCAGCAUGGUUGCUGCCCCCAACGGUUAUGAUCCAGUCAAGUGCCAGAAAAUCUUCAUCAAGGAGACCUGCACCUACAAGGUAGUGGAGCGGACAAACCCAGGAAGGGAAUGCUUUGUCAGUGGAUGGAUAUUGUAACACGCUUCGUGUGGACCCAGGGCUUCCAGCCUGAAAGGGCCCAGUUUCUCGCAGACCCAGCCUUAUUCUUCUAUGGCCUCUUUGAUUGUAUAACCCUACCUAUCAGUAAAAAAAAUUUGAGCAAA